CGCGCGUGCAUUAAGGAGAAGCAGAGGAACCGUUACCGUUAAAAAAAAAUAAAAAAAAUAAAAAAAAUAAAGAAAAAACUCCAAGGAAGCGGUCAGUCGGGGCAAUGGCGGUGCCCGCGGCUCACGAGUUCCACUGGCAGAACCUGGCACGGCUGUCAAGUGGCCGCGUGUAUCACUCUCUAGCCGAAGUCGGAGGUCAGCUAUACAUGCUGGGGGGUUGUGACGCCACUGGACGAGCCACCAACUGCAUGGAGCUCUAUUGCCCAGAGGUGGACCAGUGGGUGACCCUGCCCCCGAUGCCCACGGCCAGAGCAGGCGCCGCCAUAGCAGUGUUAGGCAAGCAGCUUCUUGUGGUCGGAGGCGUAGGCAAAGAGCAGCACCCUCUCAAAGCUGUGGAGGUUUACAACACAGAGGAGGGCAAGUGGAGGAAGAGGAGUUCGCUGAGGGAGGAGUUGAUGGGGCUCGCUAUUACCGUUAAAGAUGGCAGAGCUUUCGCUGUUGGCGGAAUGGGAUCAGACCUGCUGCCCAGAAGCGUUCUCCAGCAGUACGACCUUCGCAAGGACGUCUGGGCCCUUCUGCCGCCCAUGCCCACCCCUCGCUACGAUGCUAGCAUCUGCCUUCAGGGAUCCAAGAUAUAUGUAGCAGGUGGGCGUCAAUGUAAGCGGUUGGUAAAAGCAUUUGAAGUUUUUGACAUGGACAGCCGCACCUGGUCUUCGUUACCCAGCAUGCCUUGUAAGAGAUCCUAUUCUGGUGUGCUGUGGGACAACACAGGGCGCCUCUGCUGGCUGGGAGGUCUUCGACAAGGAGGCAUCCAUCAAAGCUCCAAGUUCACCAAGAAUGUCAGUAUCUUUGACACCAGCCAGGGAUCUUGGUUGAAGUCUGAAGAAACCGUUUCCAUGAAGACAAAACGCGCAGACUUUGUAGCAGCCAUUAUACGAGGAAGAAUGGUCGUUGCCGGGGGACUGGGUCAUCAGCCCUCAAUGCUGGACACCGUCGAGGCUUUCCAUCCUGAAAAAAGAAAAUGGGAGACUCUGGCUCCCAUGGCAUCUCCACGUUGCUCCACAUCCAGCAUCGUUAUCCGCGAUCGCCUGUUGGUGGUGGGGGGUGUCAAUCAAAUCCCAAGCUCCGCCCAUGAGAUUCUUUACGUGAAGGAGGAAGAGGUCGUUUAGCCGCUCUGUAGCCUGUGGAAACUUUGCCUUCAUCAUGACAGUAGACUGCUAAACACGCUUGUCUGUUGUAGAGUCUUUAAUAGGAAAAAUAUAUCAAAUCAAAUUAUAUAAAAUCCAAAGCACAAAUUUUCCAGCUGUAGCUUUCAUUGUUCUGUUCUACAGCACACACACACACACACACAAACACAUACACACACACAAACACACAAACACACAUACAAACACAUACACACACACACAAACACACAUACACACACAAACACACAUACAAACACAUACACACACACAAACACACAUACAAACACACAUACUCACACACACACACA